UGAAUGAGUCACAUGAUAAAUAAGAAAAAAAAUUUUUUACGAAGCAUUGUUUUGAAAUAUUCCUGUCGAAAAAAUGCUUUCUUCCGCUUCGAAACGAAUUUGUUUAUCAAUACGCAGCCGAAUAUUAUUACCACGUGCAGCGACAAUUUAUCCUGCUAUCUUUCAACAGACAUUAUUUCAGUCCACGUUAACCAAUAAUGCAAAGCAGCUUGCUGACAUUGACCACGGUAAAAUUCGAAUUCAACGUUCCGAAAACCUAAAAUCUCUUGUUCCUAUUAAGGACCUCAUAUUCGGAAGAACAUUUGCGGAUCAUAUGUUAGAAAUCGAAUGGAAUGCAAAUCAAGGAUGGCUUGAUCCAAUCAUUAAACCUUAUGGAAAAAUUUCUUUAGAACCUAGUGCCAUGGUGUUCCAUUAUUCUUUCGAAUGCUUUGAAGGUUUAAAGGCUUACAAGGACAAGGACGGUAACAUAAGAUUAUUUAGACCAGAUAUGAAUAUGAAGAGAUUUAAAAAGUCAGCCACAAGACUCACAUUACCCGAUUUCAAUGGAGAUGAAUUAUUAAAAUGCCUAAAAAAACUUAUUCGUCUUGAUGAACGUUGGAUCCCUGCUGAAAGGGGCUACUCACUAUACAUUCGUCCAGCUAUUAUUGGAACUCAAGAAUCAUUAGGGGUUGGUGCAACUACUCGUGCUCUUCUUUUCAUUAUUUGUUCCCCUGUAGGCCCAUAUUAUAAGACAGGUUUCGAUGCCGUUCGGUUACUAGCUACAACUGAUAAGGUUAGAGCUUGGCCUGGCGGUACUGGAGACGCGAAGAUUGGCGGGAAUUAUGCACCUUGUGUUCAAACACAAAUUGAAGCUGCUAAGAGAGGAUAUCAUCAAAAUUUGUGGUUAUUUGGCGCUGAAGAUGAAAUAACUGAGGUUGGCACAAUGAAUUGUUUUGUUCUUUUAAAAAAUGAACAGGGUGAAACCGAACUUGUUACGCCCCCGUUAAACGGAACUAUACUUGCAGGAGUGACUCGCGAUUCUAUAUUGAGCCUUGCACGUUCAUGGAAUGAAUUUAAAGUUUCUGAGCGUAAGAUAACAAUGCUUGAAGUUGUGAAAGCUCAAGAAGAAGGUCGUUUAUUAGAGAUGUUUGGUGCGGGAACUGCAUGUAUAGUAAGUCCCAUUAAAGAGAUCCAUUAUCAUGGACGUGAUUUUAGUAUCCCAUUAGAUCCAAACGACCCCUCUAGUAACGCAGGACCUGCUACUAAAAGAUUUGCUGAUGUACUAGUGGGAAUACAAUACGGAGAAAUUCCACAUGAAUGGUCCGUGGUCGUACCUUAAAAACAUUAUUUAAUUUUAAUUUGGUAAUUUCAUUGGAAAAGACGUAAUGACAUCUUGAAUAAUUGAAUAAUUACUUUAUAUAUUAAUACUUGAUAUUCUAUGUUAUAAUUUUAAAACUUUAAAACGACAUUUGGACCUGACUUUUAAAGAACCUUGAUUUAGCAGAACUAAUUGUGUGUUAUUAAAUUCAUUAAAUUCAUUAAAUCAAA